UUUUUAUCUUCCCUAUCAUAGUUAUUGAUUGAUUAUGGAUGAGUUCAAUAGUUAGUAUCAAGCAGUCCUUACACCCCUAGAUACUUGGAGAGUCUAUUGUGAAGUGACCUUCAACUCUAUUGCAGUCCAUUUCUAAGAAUUGAGGAUUACAAAAUUAGUAUUCCUCAACUUCAUCAAGUCAUGGAAUACUUUCUACAAUAAAGUUCCCACAAGGUGUAUUAACUAGGCAAACAAUAUGGCAUCAUUGGAGGAACAUUAUAAGGAGUUCUUGACAUGCCAGAUAUGUUUUGAUAUAUAUGAUAUCCCAAAAAGUCUACCCUGUCUCCAUGUAUUCUGCCAAGGAUGUCUUGACUACUGGAUCUCACAAUCAACUGAUGAUACACAAUUCCCAUGCCCGAUUUGCCGAGCCAACUUCUCAAAGACUGGGGGAGGUGCUGCGGAUUACUUAACCAACUUCCAUAUGAAUUCUAUGGUAGAUGCAUUAAAGAAUAUUCUCACUAAAGAUGGCGCUGACAAGGUUACGAUCGAAAGUCUUUGUGAUAUUUGUACCGCAUCAGGCGAAAAUGUCACAGCAGAGCAUCGUUGUAUUGAGUGUGAUGAAAAGUUGUGCCAGUCUUGUGGGAAAACUCAUCGUCAUUCCAAGUUAACAAAAUCUCAUCAGGUGAUAGACUUCACAGGUGAUGAAUUAAAGGAUGCCCAAGCUAUUAUUGAGGUUAUCUCCACAAAGAAUGUCUACUGUUCAAAACACAAAGACGAGCCUGUGAAAUUUUUCUGCACAAGUGACAAUGAGGCUCUUUGCCAGGUGUGCUUUGUGACUGGUCAUGCCAGCCACAAUUGUGAAGACAUCAAUGAAUCGGCAAAAUCAAAACUCAAAGAAGUCGCAAAGUUGAUUGAACUAGCAACAAAGAGAGAAAAGCGAUUUGAGAACUCAAUAAACAGAACGAGUAAUGUCAUCAAAGCUGUCGAUAAAGCAGUUGGGAAGGCUCAACAAGAUGCUAAAGAAGACAAAGCUUUGGCUCAGACAGUUCUUGAUACGCACUAUGGAGACCUGGAAGGCAAUAUCUAUGAGCUGAAAACUGCAAAGGUUAAAGCCUUACAGGCUCAUGCUGAGAAUUUGCAGCUGCUUAAAGGUAUUGCUGAGACUACAAAGUUACAAAUGAUGUCAUUGCAGCAACAUGGCCACCCUGUAGAAGUGGUCAACAUGGGCAACUACAUCACCAGCAAGGUAGAAGAAUGGUCUCAGUCAUUUGACCCAAACAAAGGGACUCCAGUUGAUGAACCAAUAGGUAUAGAGCUUUACCCUUGUCGAAUUCAAGACCUGCAAUUAAGCCUGGCAAAUCUACCAUACGAAGAUGAUGGGAAUGAGGAUGAUGACCUUGAAAGUCUUGGGGAAAGUGUAGGAGAUAGUGUUGAGGAUGCUGCAGAGACUCUGGACCAGCUUGAUGAUAAAGAUGAGAAAGAAUAUCUUGGCCCAGUACAUCGUGGCAUCAAAUGUGAUAUUUGCACUAACAAGGACCACCUAGAGGAGGAAACCAGGGAGGCCAACGAGGAGGUCCUGGCCCUAGAGGGGGCUUCCAUCCUGGAGGUCCUCACCCUAGGGGACUUCACCCUGCGAAUCCUUACCCUGGUGGUUAUCAACCUGGGGAACCUCAUCCUGGAGGCCAACAGCCACCUCCUGACAUUGGAAACCAGAGAGGAGGAAGAGGUCAUUUUGGGAGAGGGGGACCAGCUAACAGAGGGGGGAGAGGGGGACACCCCCAGCAACCUUCCACCCCUCAACCCAACAACCAACAGAUGCCUAGUGGACCUAAACCCCAAGGAGGGGAUGGAGGGAAGAAAAAGAAACAAAACAAGAAAGGUGGAAAGAAUUAACCACUGGUCCAUUCAGCCCAUCAAGGAAAUAGAGAGAAAAGACGAAACAUUGCCAAAUAAACUAAGGGUUUUAUAGAAAUUGAGCUGGACAUUAAAGUUUGGCCAUAAAAUAGUGGAAUCCACUGAUGAUAUGACUGAGAUUUGGAUAUUGAAAAGAUCAUAAAACUAUACAAUUAUGAUACAAUCAGACAAAACUUACAGAAUGGUGCAAGACUGUACCUUGUCUAGCCUACAGUGAGUAUUGCUAGAUGGUAAAUGCCCAAAAGAAAACUUGUCGAAAUCACAACUGAAGUUAUUUUGGUGUUAUUAUCCCAUCGAACGAAGUUCGGAGGGAUAUAGGGAACGCCUCCGUCCGUCCGUCCGUCCG